AUGUCUAUUUUAGAGAAUGAAUCUCUUAAAAAUGAAUUACAAAAACUCAAAGAUAUACAUGUAGAAAUUAAAAAAAUACCUAACAAAUCAUACGUUCAAGAUCAAAUAUUCAAAGAAUUAUGUAACAUAAUUAAAUUUGGUACUAAAUAUAUUCGUAUAGGUCAGUACGAAUACAUGUUAAAAAUUAAUUGGUACAAUUCUUCUCUUCAAAAUCAAUCAUAUAUCAAUAUUUUACCUGAUGAAUUAUUUCCUUAUAAUACAGAUCUUAAUGGUUAUCUUAUCUGUAAACUGUGCACAAAUAAAAUUUAUAAACCUCCAAUUAAUGAAACUGUUUUAAAAAAUCAUUACAUGCAAAAACAUCUUACUGUAUGGGAAAUGAUCCGAGGAAGUAGAAAGGGAAGAAGUAAAACCAAUAAAGAAGGAAAUGAUCUUUUAAUUCAAAUGGAUAAAGAGAGAAUUUUCUCUGUGGCCGAACGUUUAAUUGAAGAAUUAGUUAAUUCUAUGAUUUGA